AGGGGCUGUGUGCUGCAGCCAGAGGAAGUACAGUCGCUGUCUUCUUACUGAUGGCCUCUCCUUCUCACUGACAGUCAGCAACCAUGGCAGGACCAUCUUGCUUCCUGAAUGCUGUGUGCUGUCUGCAAUAGGAGGAACAUGAUAAUGGACAAUGUCCUAAUUUGGGGGAUAAGGAUUUACAUAUGCCUACUCUUGUUGCACGGAGGCUCAGGUUACUAUUAUUCCGAAGAUAUUGAGUUUGUGAAAGUUUUACAGAGUGUGAAAGCCUGGCGUGGCUCUUGUGUCCUGUUACCAUGUACAAUUACUUACCAAGGAGCAGUUAACAAUUACACAUGGUAUCAUAAUCCAGUGUACGAUGACCAAGUAAAGGAUUUUAUAGGGAAAAUUGCUUACAAUAGCCUCAACAAUACAGAGCUUGACAGUUUAUUUGAGAACAAUGUGGAAUAUAAGGGAAUGAAAGAGAAGGAUUGCACCAUACUGAUAAAAAACCUGAAGAAUGAACACAGCGGGCAGUACAGGCUGAGGCUGGUUAAGAGCGGAAACCCUGGUUUUAAGUGGAUGUCAAAGACAUAUGUUAACGUCACAGUAUCAGAUGCCGGGCCCAGUAUUGAAAUAGAACCAGUGCCUGAAAUUGAAGAGUUCCAGGUUGUGACUCUAACUUGCUCUAUAAAAUAUUACUGUCCUCUCCAUAACAUAAAGCUCUCUUGGAUUGAGGAUGUAAAUGGUACAGCUAAGACUGAAACAAGAUCUGACACAGGUGACGUAAGCACCAAAACCUCUCUGACUUUUCGUCCGUCGUGGGCCGACCACAAAAAAAACUUCACUUGUGUUCUUCAACAAGAGGAUCAAGAGAAAAAUGAAAGCCAAAGCGUACAGCUGAAUGUGAAGUAUGCUCCAAAAAAUGUCAAGAUUUGGUCUAACAAUACAACAACAUUCAUGGAAAGGGAAAGUAUAACCCUGGAGUGUUCUGUGGAGACUAGCAACCCACCAGUUGAUUCAUUCGUGUGGUACAAAAAUGGUAAAGAAAUGUACCGCAGUACAAACACAAUUACUGUCAGAGAAGCGGGAAAAUACUAUUGUGAGGCUGACAACACCAUCGCCAAAACUCAGUCAAACGUUGUGGAGAUAUCUGUGCUGUAUGCUCCCAAAAAGACACUUAUCAACACAAAGGGGUCCGUAGUAGAAGGAAAGGCUGUUACCCUGACUUGCUCCACUACUGCAAACCCACCGGUCUCUCUUUACACCUGGUGCAAGAAUGGAAAGCAGUGUUUCAAUAGCACCAACAUAUAUAAGAUUAAUGCAAUAACAACAUAUGAUAGUGGAUCUUAUACGUGUGCUGCUCACAAUAAACUGGGAUCAGAUGUAUCAGACCCUCUAAAAGUGGACGUAAAGUAUCCUCCCAAGGAUGUGAAGAUUGUCCUAGAACCAGCUUCACAAACUUUCCGUGAAGGAACCAAGGUUAAAUUUGCUUGUGUUGUCGGAAGCAGCAACCCAAGUGUAACCAGCAUUGUAUGGCUCAAAAAUGAUAAACAAGAUUAUACAAUCAGGGGAGAAAUAUCUAUUAGAGCAGAGGACUCUGGGAUGUACACUUGUCAAGCUGGAAAUAAUAUAGGUCAAUCGUCAUCCCAACCCGUUUCCGUGGAAGUCCAACAUGCUCCCAAAAAGCCAAUUAUCAACACAGAGGGGUCCGUAGUAGAAGGAAAGACUGUAACCCUGAAUUGCUCCACUACUGCAAACCCACCGGUCUCUCUUUACAUAUGGUACAAGAAUGGAAUGCAGUGUUUCAAUAGCACCAACAGUAUAUAUAAGAUUAAUGCAAUAACAACAUAUGAUAGUGGAUCUUAUACAUGUGAUGCUCACAAUACUCUGGGAUCAGACUCAUCAGACCCUCGAAAAGUGGACGUAAAGUAUCCUCCCAAGGAUGUGAAGAUUGUCCUAGAACCAGCUUCACAAACUUUCCGUGAAGGAACCAAGGUUAAAUUUGCUUGUGUUGUCGGAAGUAGCAAUCCAAGUGUAACAAGCAUUGUAUGGUUCAAAGAUAAGGAAAGGUUACAAACAUUCAGGGAAGAAAUAUCUAUUAGAGCAGAGGACUCUGGGAUGUACACUUGUCAAGCUAGAAAUGAUAUAGAUCAAUCGACUUCCCAACCCAUUUCCGUGGAGGUCCAUUAUCCUCCAAAAGCAGCAAAAAUUACAAUUGAAAAAGAAUCGGUGACCAAAGAAGGAGAUCAGAUCACAUUAAAAUGUUCAGUACAACAUGGUAACCCCAAGACCAGCCAUUUUGAGUGGCUCAAAGAUGGAAAAGUCUACAAGUCUACAGGAGAUUCAGAUAUCCUGUUGAUAAAUACAACAUGGAAAGACUCUGGAUAUUAUUCAUGUAGAGCCUCAAACAAUAUAGGAAAUAGCACAUCAAAAUCGGCAUUUCUUAAUGUCCAGUAUGCUCCACGAAAUGUGACUUUAUCCAUCACACCGGGAAACCAUGUAACGGAAUACACAGAUGUAAUGCUGAGGUGCACAGCCCAAUCGAAUCCACAAGAGCGUCACUACUUGUUGUAUAAAGAUAAUCAAUUCAUCAUAAUAAAUGAAUAUAUGGCACUGGAUAAUAUACAACGCAGCAACGCGGGAGAGUACCGAUGUUCUGCAAGAAAUGCUGUUGGAGAACAAAGGUCAGAAGUUGUCAAUCUGUAUGUUUCAUACAGCUGGUACAGCAUAGGCAUAUAUAUAUCAUCGGUUUUGGGUUCUCUAAUUUUGAUUAUAAUUUUUCUCAUUAUUGUUCAGUUCAGAGUUUGGAAGAAGAAUGGAAGGAAAACAACGGAUGAUUCAUCUUUUUUCGUGCUGAAGAAGCAGUCACAUAAUGAGAACCAUGAAGGACAAGAUACCCCAUCGGCAAACAGCUCGACCGAUCAUCUCAAUUACUCCACUCUGCAGUUCCCUGCUGGCGAUAAUGGGCAGAUCGACCAGCCCAGGGUGGAGAGAAAACAUGAAGACCCCAGUGCUAUUUACAGCAUUGUGAAGAAACCCCUCAUUACUGCCGAGUAUGAAAAUAUUGAAUCUUCAAAGAAGGUCCAUGAUGAAGAUGAGAUUCACUACUCCGUCAUCGCCAAUUUACCCAAAGAGGGCACUCAGGUCAAGCAGGACCCUGAGGUGGAAUAUGCCAUGCUCAGACAUUAAUGAAAUAGUAUGUCUUACGUUAUAACAGUUUACAACAUAUGAUCUGGUUAAGAAGUCCAGCAAACGCAAUAGCGCAACAAAGCAAUAUUCAGUUCUUCAUCUGGAUAAGGACCAUCCACAAGUGGCCAAAUCGCUCUCAGAUCUAUUCAUUUCAUGGUGGCAACAUGUGCGGGCACCGUGAACGCCGAAGAGCUUCACAAAUCCAGCUAUAGAGUGUGAAAUUAUUUUACUGAGAUAUAGAAAGCUUUUAAUUUCUUAUUACAUUUCUGUAUAUAUUGUGAUGCUAAAUGUGUACUGUUUGUACUGUUUGUCAGUUUGAUACUAAAUGUGAAUUGUUUUCCUCUAUAUUUGUAUACAAUAAACAUAUUUUAACACAGAA